AUGCAUUGUGUGAUCACAUUUUUUUUAUUCUUGGCUGCUUUUUUUUUUUCAUUCUCAUCUCUUCAUUGCCUUUCUUUCUUCAUUGUCUUUCUUUUUUUUUCUUUUUCCUUCUUUUUCCUUCUUUUUCUUUCUUUUUCUUUUCCUUUUUCAUGCAUUUCUAUUAUCUUUCUUUAUUUUUCAUUUUUUUCCUUUUUCAUUCUUUUUCUUUCUUUUUCUUUUCCUUUUUUCAUUCGUUUCCAUUCUUUUUCAUUCUUUUUCUGUUUCUUUUCCCUUUUUCUUUUCAUUCAUUUCCAUUCUCUUUCUUUUAUUUCCAUUCUUCUCCUUUUUCAUUCUUUUUCUGUUUCUUUUUCCCUCUUCUUUUCCGUUUUCAUUCAUUUCCAUUCUCUUUCUUUUUCAUUCUUUUUUCUUUUCUUUCUUUCUUUCUUUCUUUCUUUCUUUCUUUCUUUCUUUCAUUUUCAUUAUUUUACUUCACAUUCAUUUAUUUUACGUCUUUUUCUUUGGUUGUUAUUUAACUUCAUUUCCAUUUUCUUUUUCAUUCUUUUAACUCUUUCUUUUCCAUUAACCUUUUUCUUUUUCUUCCUUCUUUUCUUUUUCUAUAUCAUUCCCCCUCCUCUUGCUAUUAUCUCCUUACAGUUUUUGCAUUUGUAUCAUGAUUAUGAAGUUUUCAUUCUUCCCAAUUCUCUUUUCUUUUUCUUUAAUUUUUCCUCCAUUUCCUACACAUUUGUUUAUGUUACAUUUUCUUAUUUGAAUGUUUUAUUUUCCUUCUAUUCUUUUCCAUCACCUUUUUCAUUCUUUUAUUUUAUUUUUCAUUCUUUGCAUGUAUUUUUUUACUCAUUUAACUUUCAUCCAUCUCCAUCUUGUUCUUCACUCUUUUGA